CGCACCCCGGAUCUCCGGCUUCCGGCAACUCGGCUGGGCACGUACCUACGCGGAGCAACUGAGGCCGGAACCUUCUCGGGACCGGCUGGACGCCAAGGCCCCCCGAGAUGAGAAAACUGAGGCCCCGAGAAGCCCACAGUCACACAGCGAGGAGAAGCAGAAUCGGGAAUCAAACCCAGACCUCUGCAAUUUUUCUUCUUACUAAUUGGGAGAAGACCCACUGGCUGAAUGGCAGCUGUAGAUGACUUGCAGUUUGAAGAUACAGGAGAUAAAAAGAUAAAGGAGAAGUUUUUUACUCUGCUGGAGUAGAUAAAAGUGUAAAAAGGUAAUUAUGAUGAAAUGUGAUCAGGUCAUUCCUUCACUGAAACAGUAAGUAUCUCAUGAGUGUGACUAUGAACCAGGCAGUUCUAGUUAUUAGGGCUAGAAGAGUGAGCAGGACAGUUCAGUUCCUUAUGUAGCUUUCAAUCUAGUGGGGGAGACAUUAUUUGGUAAAUGAUCACUUCAGUAUGUAUCCACAAACUAUGAAAGUGCUGGAGGAACAAUUCAUCACUCAUAACCUGGAGCCUGACCUAGACUAGGGAUCGACCAAUGCUUAUUUGUCUUGUAAACACUUACACAGCACUUAGUAUAUGUCAGGCACUGUUUUGCUUUACAAAUAUUAGCUCAUCUAAUCUUUAUGUUAACUUUAUGAAAUAGUUAUUUUAUUCUCCCUGUCUUACCAAUGAGGAAACUGAGGCACAGAAAAAUUAAGUAAUUUGCCUAAAGGUCACAUAGUUAGCAAGUGGUAAAGCAGGGUUUGAACCCAGGCAGCCUGGCUUUCAGCCAGUGCUAUCUGAGGAAGAGAUGAGAUGUUUAAAGAAAAGUCCGCCUCCAUCUUCAGCGUACAUCCAGCCUCUAACCACUUCUCAUCACCUCUGCCUCUCACCUUGCUCAAGGUCACCAUCCCCUCUUGUGUGGAUUAUAGCCCUUACCUUCCUCUGGUCUUCCUGUUUCCCCCCUUGCCCCCUGCAGUCUGUAUUUUGCAGCCAGUAGUCCUUUAAAACGAAAUCAGAUCAUGUCAUUCCUUCAGAACCUUCCAGUGGCUCCCAUGUCACUAGGUAUGAAAGCCAGAGCCUUUUCUGUGUUGGGAGGCCCUACAUGAUCCAGCCCUCCAUGCCCUCUGAUCUCUCCUGCUACUCUUGCCCUUUCUCCCUCUGCCCUUCCCACAUGGGCCUGUCACUAUCCCUCCUAGACACCAGGUACACUCACAGCUUAGGGCUUUUGUGUCGUCUUUCUGUUUGGGAAUUCUUUCUCCAGAUAGCCACGUGGCUUGAUCCCUCAGUCUUCAAAUCUCGGUUCAUUCGAGAGGCCCUCCUUGGUCAUCCUUUCUGAGUACGGUGUGAGAAAGUUCAACAGAGAGAACAGCAUAUGCAAAGCACCUGAGGCGGGAGGAGGAGCUGAGACGGACACAAAUAACUCAUGUGGAGCAGAACGUGUGGACAGUCAUCCUAUGAGAGAAUUUGGUGAUGCAGCCACUUCAGCAGCGAACCCAGGUACCACUACAAUACACAUCGAGGGCCCUGGUGAGAGCCCGACACACCAACCAGGACUCUCCAGAGGCUCCGGAGGAGAAGAGGAUGAUGAGUUGCUGGGAAACGAUGACUCUGACAAAACAGAGUUACUUGCUGGACAGAAGAAAAGCUCCCCCUUCUGGACAUUUGAAUACUAUCAAACAUUCUUUGAUGUAGACACUUACCAGGUCUUUGACAGAAUAAAAGGGUCUCUUUUGCCAAUACCAGGAAAAAAUUUUGUGAGGCUGUAUAUCCGCAGCAAUCCAGAUCUUUAUGGCCCCUUUUGGAUAUGUGCCACACUGGUCUUUGCCAUAGCAAUUAGUGGGAAUCUUUCCAACUUCUUAAUUCAUCUGGGAGAGAAGACAUACCAUUAUGUACCCGAAUUCCGAAAAGUGUCCAUAGCGGCCACCAUCAUCUAUGCCUAUGCCUGGCUGGUUCCUCUCGCACUCUGGGGUUUCCUCAUGUGGAGAAACAGCAAAGUUAUGAACAUCGUUUCCUAUUCGUUUUUGGAGAUUGUGUGCGUCUAUGGAUAUUCGCUCUUCAUUUAUAUCCCCACAGCAGUACUGUGGAUUAUCCCCCAGAAGGCUGUCCGUUGGAUUCUAGUCAUGAUUGCCCUGGGGAUCUCAGGCUCUGUCUUGGCAAUGACAUUUUGGCCAGCUGUUCGUGAGGAUAACCGGCGCAUCGCGUUGGCCACAAUUGGCACAAUUGUGUUGCUUCACACGCUGCUUUCUGUGGGCUGCUUGGCAUACUUUUUUGAUGCGCCAGAGAUGGACCACCUCCCAACAACUACAGUUGCUCCAAACCAAACAGUUGCAACAGCCAAGUAGCUAAAGAGGAAAUUCUCUUUUCUGUAUUUUGGAGUGGUUCUUUUGGACAUGGCAUCUACUGCAGGAAAGCAGAAUGACCAAGCCAGCAGGAAAACUGAUGGAAUGGCUCCACCCUCUGGCAGCUAAAGGUGCCGCCCUGAAGUCUAAUCACCUAAUUUAACAAAAAAUAAUUAAAUGUUGUUCAGUCCAUGUGUCUUUCAGCUCUUCUUUCUUACCUGUCAGUUAUUGUUGGAACUGUACACUGAUUUGGAACAAAAUACAAGGGAACGUGGUAGGUGUGCCUGCCAUUUGCCUCUUGUUGUCCUGUGAUGCCCUUAAUAUGUGGAAUGGAUCCAUCCUAACAUCUGAUGACUUUCUUCUGAAUUGUAUACAGAUGUUCCUCUGAGGUGAUACUCUUCUCUCCAAAUGCUUGCCAUCCUAAACUGGCAAAACUGUGUGAACUUUGGUUUGGAUUCAUUGAGAGCCUGAACAUUUGUCUGUGGUGACUUGACACUGGGCAACCGAACCUAAUUGUUGCAAAAUAAAUACCUCAUAGAAUGUC